UGUGCACACAUGUGCGCUGGAACAAACUUCACAGUUGGGUAACAUUUAAGUUGGGCAGAACACAUAAAAAAACGAUGUCAAUGCGAGCAAUGGGAGUGCUGGGCCAGGCUUGCCGGCGCGGCCAAGUGUUGAGGCAGAGUUACCGAUCCGCCCCAGCAGCGUUUAAUAUCGCCCUUGGAACGCAGCAUUCGCCGGCUGCUGCAGCUCUCUCGCUCCGUCGCUUCGCCACGGAGGCCAAGCAGGCAUCGGGGCCGGUGGUGGACAAGCAUGAAUUUCAGGCAGAGACCCGCCAACUACUGGACAUUGUGGCGCGAUCCUUAUACUCCGACCACGAGGUCUUUGUGCGCGAACUAAUUUCGAAUGCCAGCGAUGCACUGGAGAAAUUUCGGUACACCUCGUUGAGCGCUGGAGGCGAAAAUUUGGCUGGAAAGGACCGGCCUCUGGAGAUUCGUAUCACCACCGACAAGCCACUGAUGCAGCUAAUCAUCCAGGACACGGGCAUUGGCAUGACCAAGGAGGAGCUGGUAAGCAACCUGGGCACUAUUGCACGCAGCGGCUCGAAGAAGUUCCUGGAGCAGAUGAAGGGGAACCAGCAGCCAGCCAGCUCAGAGGCAUCCUCGAACAUUAUUGGUCAGUUCGGCGUGGGCUUUUACUCUUCUUUCAUUGUGGCCAACAAGGUGGAGGUGUUCACGAGGGCGGCUACGGCUGAUGCUCCAGGACUGCGGUGGUCCACUGAUGGCAGUGGAACUUAUGAGAUCGAGAAGGUGCCUGACGUUGAGUUGGGAACGCGGAUCGUGCUCCAUUUAAAGACCGAGUGCCGUGAAUAUGCGGACGAGGAGAGGAUCAAGGCGGUAAUCAAGAAAUAUAGCAAUUUUGUGGGCUCACCCAUCUUGUUAAACGGAAAGCAGGCCAACGAUAUAAAACCGCUGUGGCUUCUUGAGCCCCAAAGCAUCACCAAGGAUCAGCACCAUGACUUCUAUCGAUUCAUUAGCAAUAGCUUUGAUGUCCCACGCUUCACCCUGCACUACAAUGCUGACGUUCCCCUGAGCAUCCAUGCGCUGCUCUAUUUCCCCGAGGGAAAGCCUGGUUUAUUCGAGAUGUCUCGGGACGGAAACACCGGCGUGGCUCUGUACACCCGCAAAGUGCUUAUUCAGUCCAAGACGGAGCACCUGCUGCCCAAGUGGCUGCGCUUUGUGAAGGGUGUUGUCGACUCUGAGGACAUUCCACUUAACCUGAGUCGCGAGCUACUGCAGAACAGCAGCCUGAUUCGCAAACUGUCUAGUGUGAUUUCUACCCGCGUUAUCCGUUUCCUGCAAGAGCGCUCCAAGAAGCAGCCAGAGGAGUACGAGGCCUUUUACCGCGACUAUGGUCUCUUCCUAAAGGAGGGAAUUGUAACCUCUAACGACCCUAACGAGAAAGAAGAAAUAGCUAAACUUCUGCGAUUUGAGUCCUCAAAGUCUGAGAACGCCAGUGGACGCAUGUCGCUUGAGGAGUACUAUAACGCCGUUCCCCAAGAACAGCAGAAUAUUUACUACCUAGCAGCACCCAAUCGUGUUCUGGCUGAGUCGUCGCCCUACUACGAAAGUCUGAAGAAGCGCAACGAGCUAGUGCUCUUCUGCUACGAACCCUAUGAUGAGCUGGUACUCAUGCAGCUAGGCAAGUUUAAAAGCAAAAAACUCGUAUCCGUGGAGAAGGAGAUGCGUGACGAAUCCAAGGAGACAACACCGACUACCGACUUUGGCGAGGGCAGUCUGUUGCGCUCAGAACUUGACAGUUUGAUUCCUUGGCUAGAGGAGGAGCUGAAGGGCCAGGUUGUCAAAGUAAAAGCCACCACUCGUCUAGACACUCAUCCCUGUGUAAUCACUGUAGAGGAAAUGGCUGCCGCUCGCCACUUUAUUCGCACCCAGAGUCACCAGGUUCCAGAACAGAAUCGAUUUGCCCUUCUUCAACCAGAACUGGAAAUCAACCCAAAGCACCCCAUUAUUAAGAAGCUUAACAAGCUGCGUGAGAGCGACAAGGAUCUGGCUCAACUUAUCGCUAAGCAGCUCUUCGCAAACGCUAUGGUGGGCGCCGGUUUGGCUGAGGAUCCCCGCAUGUUGCUAACCAACAUGAACACUCUGCUUUCGCGGGCGCUGGAGAAAUACUAGUGUGCACCGUAAAACGAACACUGUAAAUCUACCGACUAUGUAAUAUUAUUUUCUAUAAUUAAUUUUAUGAAACGUCUUUAUAAAAUAGUCUUAAAUAUGUAUAAUUAGACAUUAUAAAAUAUUUAAAUUCCGGAGAAAUAUAA